AGGGAGGCUGGGAGGAGGAGGAGGAGGAGAGAGAGAGCAAGCGUCAGCACUCCAUGUGUUAAAAGGGCAGAUGGUAACCGCGGGUAACUGAGGAGAAAGCACUCUGCCGGCCACAGAGCCAGAGAUCAGCGGAGAGAGGAGGAACGAACACAUGCAGAGCAGAGAGAGGCAGCAUCCAACACACAGGACUUCUUCUUCUUCUGCUGCUGCUGCUGCUGCUGAUGCUGCUUCUCCUCACUAACAAGGAGGCAGCAGUUCAGGGAGGAGGAUGAAGAGGAUGCUGCUGAGAUAGAAGAGAAAAAAGUAUCCCUCCCUGCCACUUAGAGACAAAGAGAGGAGGCAAAAAAAGAAAGGAAGCAGGAGGAGGAAGAGAGGCUGUUGGACUGAUCAAUGAGAGGCUUCAGCAGAGACUCAGUGACAAACUGAUGAAUGAAAGAUGGGAGCAAAACAUCUGGAGAGGACUUAGAGGGAAAUAUUUAACGGGAGGAGAAUAAAAAAAACAUUUAGCGGGAAGACAAAAGAGGAGCGGAGAGGUGAAAUAUUCAGGAGUUAGAGAAACUUAGAGAAGAGAGGGAAUAAAUGAGGAGCAGCUUCGUUUAAAGCCGUGGAGAUGAGGAGGUGAGGAGCCGCAGAAGAAGCACGACAAGCAGCUUUCAGGACUUUUUCUAGGCAGAAACUCUGAUGGCGUGCUACUACAUAGUCAUCAGUUCCACCCACCUGCGUGACGGACAGCUGAGGAGCAUCAAGGGGGUUUUCAGAGGACCAAUAGGAGCCGGCGGCCAGAGGAACACGGAGGAGGGAGACUCGAGGUUUUACUGCGAGCUCUGCGAUAAACAGUACGUCCGACAGCAGCAGUACGAAAACCACAUCAACUCCUACGACCACCAUCACAAGCAGCGGCUGAAGGAGCUGAAGCAGAGGGAGUUCUACCGAGCGUUGGCCUGCAGGAGGCAGAGGAGGCGACGGGAGGAGAAACGAGAGGAGAGAGCACUGAGGAAACUCCAUCAGCAUGAGGAGAGGAGGACUGGAGACUGUGCUCCAGGUUCUGGUCCGAUGUUCAGGUCCACCACGGUGGCCGUGGACCCGGCCGAUCAGUCCAGACCCGACUGGACGGACGUCGGCUCGCUGGGAACGAAACCUCCGACCCAGCUCAUCCAGCCCUUCCUUCCCCUGGAGACAAGCCUCCAGUGGGCCUACGACCAGGUGGACACCGGUACCUCUGCGACGCCCGCCGCAGACAUCCUCAACAAGCGCCACCUGACGCCGACCAACACCGAACUCUUCAACAAGCUGCCCUGGGCUCGUCUGAAUGGCCCCAGAACUCCUGGUAAAGCCCAUCCCGAGGCGCCGUCCGUCCCCUGCAGGGUCAGACCGGUUUCCUUCUCGCUGCCCAAGCGGAGCUGCGUCCUGCUGCACCAGUCGGCCGCCGUCUUCAUCCAGGAACGGGCCAAGAACCUGGCCGACAAACCGGCGGAUCAGCAGCAGCUCAAAUCUCCGGUUUGUGCCGAUGUGGACACUGCGAGCCGCUGGGAUACUGGAAACCGGUGCGAGGACGGUAAAGCCGAGAAGGCAGCUGCAGGACUCUCUGGGACCGGAGCCCAGGUCGCUUUAUGCAAUGGAGAUGAUAACGCCACCGUCAGCAGGAACCAAGCCCAGCUCUCCUUACAUAACGACAACAGGAGUCCAGCCCAAGACGGUGCCGAAGCACCAGAAGACAAUCAGACGCCCGAUUCUGAGCCAGAAAAGACUCAAACGGAGCCCGAAGUUUCAUCUCCCGCCCCUCCAAGUCGACCCAAAGAGCCGUUCUGCCGAGUCCUGAGCCGAGACGGUGGCCGGGUUCUGCUGUGGCCGACGGAGAUGGUCAGCUACACCAAGACGUCGCCCUCCGUCUCCUACAGCGUCAACCCUCUACUGUACGACUUCAGAGCACACAACAAGGCCAGGGAGGGAAAUAAAGGAGGGCUGGAGAGAAUAAAGCCAUCUGUGAUCAAACAACCCGGCUGCCAACGGAGGCAGGAAGAUUCGCAGGGAGGCAGGGAGGUGAGGAGAGAUGAAAGGAAAGGGGAGGAUGAAGGAGGACAGCCGGGAAAUCCUGUGGAACUCGUAGCCCGUUGUAGCGCCGGCGACGCAUCUCCGGAUGAAAGCGCUUUAAAAUUCGCUUCCGCUGAAUGCCACCGAGCGCCGACGCCGGGCCUUCAGAAACCAGCUGUGAAGAGGAGGAGGAGGAGGAGGAAGAGGAGGGGAGGCGUGAGGAGGGGGAUGAGGAAGAGGGGGAGAAGGAAAAGGCGAGAAGAUAGAAAGGACCUGGAGAGGGGAAGGAGGAUAAUAAGCAGCCUUUGUGCGAGUCAGAUGUUUGAAGGGAAAGUGGAGGAGAGGUGGAAGCGAGAGGGCAAAGAGGAGAGGAGGGAAAAAGGGCUAUUAAGCAAUCUGGCGGCACAUCGGCUGGUGGGAGGCAGAGAAAAGAGGAUGAGAGGAGAAGAGAGGAGGAUAAGGGGAGAUCAGACGGAGCAGGAGAGGGCAGGUAGAAAUGACGAGAAGAGGGGAGAGCUAUUAAGUAAUCUUCCCGUGAAUCGGUGUAAUCGCUGUAACCAGCUGUGUCUGCAGGUGAAAAGGGAGGCCAGCCAGCAUCAAUCCCAGCAAUCAGCCUCCGGGUGGGGCCAGGGGCUCGGAAAGCUCCUCUGCAGGGGUGCAGCAUGUGGCCCAGUGAUUAGCCCCAUCCCCGGGUCUGUUAUAGCGACGCCACGCUGUCCUGCAAUUACACCCGACCCAGCUCAGAAUGAAGGGGGGACAGAGGAAGAGGAGCAGAGGAACCCAAGGAAGAUAAAAGCCGCCGAGGAGGCCGAAGAAGACGUGUGUGACCCGACGAUUAGCGAGCCGGAGAUUCGACUCAUUCCCAAAGCUGGCGCUGAAGCAGUGUGCGAUCCAGCGAUUAGACUCGUCCCUGCAUGUGCUCAAAGACAAACAACACCUGCAGGAGGCGGCGCCCCGGCGUCGGACCCACACUGCUCUGCACAAAACGCCGAAACCGACACGAACCUCGACAGAGAUUCCUGCAAGAGGAAGAGGAGCUCGGAGGAGGCGAUGCCGAGGAAGAAACGGAAACGAGGGAGGAGGCCAACGAGGAGAGGCGGCGAGGCCUGUCGGUGUCGGGAGCUCAACGGGACGCUGUCGGACGACUCGGUUUGCAGGACGAACUCCGAGGACGGCGAGGAAACGGAAAAAGAGGAGAGGAGUCAGGACGACGACUCUGGAGACAAUCACAACCUGGCCGACAACAAACCGACCUGCAGUGGCGAGACGUCCGAACUCUCUCCUCCCUGUAGCACUGAAGACGCACCGACAGACUCAGACUGUCGCUGCAGCAACGAGCACACGAACGAAACCAAACCGCAGCAACAAACCCGACACGAACUCUGCAAACCUCUCCCCGCCGUUUGUUCUGAUUGUAAUCACUGUGGAGGCAAAAGCGGAGGCGAGGAGGGGAGGAGGGUGAGGCAGGAGGAGGCGCCGAGGAGGAAGGAGGCCGACCCCGAGCACCUCUACCCGGAGAAGAAGCCUCGCUUCCCCCGCCGCCUCCCUCCACCCUGCCUCCCCCUCCACGCUCCCCUCCUCCUGCCGCCGUCGCUCUCCUCCCCCUCCUCCUCGUCCUCCUCCUUCUCCUUCCAUCACACCAUCAUCCAGCAUCACCUGUCGCUCCUCCCGCCUCCAUCUCACCUCCACAUCCCUUCAUACCCUCACCUCCUGCCCUCCUUCUCCCCUCACCUCUCCCCCCUCGCUCUGAAUCCACCACCUCCUCCACCUCCUCCAUCCUUCUACGCCUCCUCCCCCAUCCCUCUCCUGGACGUCCCCGGUCCUUACCCAGCGUUCCACCCGGUCCAGAGCCACCAUCCCUCCCUUUACCCUCCUCCUCACCCGGCAGUCCUCCCCUUACAGGUUUUGUUCUGAAAUUAAAACAAAGAAAAGCUGCAUUUUCCUAUUUUUCUGCAGAAAACAAAAGCAGCUUUUAUGCAUCAUCGCCCGCGAGGCCGAGAACAAUUUCAGGAACACUUAAGUAGAGAAACAAAACGAAUCUUUUCUUCAAGCCAAACCUCUGGCAACCUCAUUGCCCCGUCCAAACACUCCGAAAAAAAAUAAAAAUGAUGCCUAAUUAUCUUCAUCAGCCGCAAUCCAGUUGGAAAUGAGCCUCAGGUGUGCAGCCAGCGGGAUGCUGCUGAGGAAACACAGCUGGCCUCAAAUCAGCCGCCGCUCCUGUUUAGCAUUUUAAACCAAUCAUUUGCUUGCGAGGCAUGUUGGAGUAUUUUAGGUUUUUUUUUCGUCCGCGUGUGACUUUAAAGGACAAAUUCACCCUCAGAUAUCUUCAAUCUGCCGUAAUAAAUGCAGAGUUUUUUGGGAGGGCUUUUUUUCUUGUUGAAAUUCAAAUUUUUUUCCCCUCAUGGGAGCUUCCACUUGAGUCGGUGAUUUUCCUGCAUUUCCAUGAAUCGAAGGCAGGUGUGAAGUCGCUGCUGCAGGUUGCGAGAUGCAAAAAGCUAUUUACCCGAUGAGGGUGGAUUCUGAAAGGUCGAAACACAAUAUUUCUGCUACUUUGCUGCAUGGUUUCAUCCAAAUGCCUCAUAAUUUAGCAAAUAUAAAACAAUAAAACAUGACCUGAUUAAGUUUCAGCUGCAAAAUAUCGGCUAUUUUGUCGAAUAAAAGGGUCAUUCCAGAACUGGAGGACAUUUGGGCUUCAAAACGUUUGAAAAAUAAACCAGUUUUCUACUGUAUAUUGAUUUAUAAUAGGUAAUAAACUUAUCAAAGGCUUGAUUGGCUCAGCUUGCACAUCAAUGGUAGCAUUUUUAUUCCAUGUUUUCUGUGUUGUUUGCUAACCCUACUCUAAUCACAGUAACAGGGUUACUAAUCCAUGCUAAUGUGAUCUUUUUCUCAGCAGUAGAAGCUAGAUAUUUAGCUGCUGUUACUGCUGACCAAGAGGACAAACUGACUGAUGGAAAACAGUCCAAAGAAUUAGUCUGAUCCUGAUAAUAUGAGGUAGAGUGAGACAUUCAAUCAAGGCUGAUAAUGUGAUGAAGAUAUGAAAAAUAGAAGAGAGGACAUAGCUUUGAUCUACACAUUCUUUAGGAAAACUGUUUGAUGAUGGAAAUGACAAAAACAAGACAUCAAAUGACAAAAACGUGACACAAAAUGACAAAAAUAAGAUAUAAAAUGACAAAAACAAGAUGCAAAAUGGUAAAAACGAGACACAAAACAACAAAAACGUGACAAAAUGAUAGAAAUAAGACAAAAAAAUGAGAAAAACAACAAGACAGAAAAUGAAAAAAGGCACAAAACGACAGAGACGAGACAAAAUGACAAAAACAAGAUGGAAAACGACAGAAACGAGACACAAAAUGUCAAAAACGAGACGGAAAAUGACAGAAAAGAGACAGAAAAUGACAAAAACAGGACACAAAAUGACAAAAAACAAGACAAAAUAAAAAUGAGACACAAAAUGACCAAAAUGAGACAUAAAACAACAAAAACAAGACAAAACAACAAAAACAUGACACAAAAUGACAAAAACAAGAUGCAAAAUGACAGAAACAAGACACAAAUUGAAAAAAACAAGACACAAAACAACAAAAAAAGACACAUAAUGACAAAAAUGAGACAAAAUGAAAAAACAAGACACAAAAUGACAAAAACAAGACACAAAAUGACAGAGACAAGAUUCAGGAUUCAAGAAACAGGAUUCAGUUUGGUCAUCAGGGGGUGGGACAAGAGAAAAAUGUCAUUUUAGAGGAACUCCAGACUUAUUUGGUAUUUUAAAAAUAUUUUCAAUAAUUUUUCUUUUUCGAUUUGGUCUCAGGACAAGAACAUUUACACAACAACUGCAUGUUUUAGUAUUUUGGAUUAUUUGAAAUUUGAUGGGUAAAAUGUCUUCCAAAUCUGGAAUGGACCUAAAAGCAGAAAUUAAAGGAAAACUCCACCGAUUUUGCACAUCAAAGUUUGUCUCCAGGUCUCGGGGAGCUGCUUCUGAGUCAGUUUGUUGAACGUUUCAAUAAAAUCUGAGUACAUGCAGCUGGUUGCUCAUCAUAAGACUGGAAGCUGGAGGCUAAAUUAACAGCACCGCAUCCCCAAAACUGCACCAUCUGCAGUCGAUUUCCAUCGUAAGUCAGCACCAGUUCGACAGAAAGAAAGAAAGUACACGAAUAGUAAUAAAAGAAGACGCAUUCUGCUGCCAGAGUUUCAAAGAAAUGCCCAUUGUGAGUCGUGUUAAAUGCGACGCUGCAGCACGACGAGGAGAGAAUAGUAAAAGAAGACGACACGUUCAGGGUGUGCGAGUAUAAGUGGGCAGAGAUAAUGGAUGUGUGAACACUAGCCAGUCGGAAUAAUGGGAAAUUUUCUGUUCCCGCAUGAUGUGAAUGCAGCAUCAGGCGGCUGCAGUUAGCUGAAUGCUAACAAAACCUGCUGCUCAAAUGAUCAGAGGUUUAGCUUUCACUGUCCAGAGCAGCAUUAGAAAUUUAACAUUAAAUAGAAGAAUAUGGAUUUGACUUUUCAGAAACAUUCAUUGUCAACUAUUGGACACUUUACUGGGUUAAGUCAUCUAAAAAACGCCUGAAUUGUCUAGCUACAGCUUCUUAAAUGUAAAUAUUUUCAUUUUUUUUCCUUCUCAGUGACAGAAAACUGAAAAUAUUUGGACAAAAUAAGACUUUUGUCAACUUGAGCUUCCAGAAAUGCACUGAUCAACAUUUUGCCCCAUUUUAUAGACCGAACAAUCAAUUAAUCGAGAAAAUAAUCAACAGAAAAUGGAAUUAAUCGCUAGUUGCAGCUGUUUUUUGGUGAUCUUAACAUUAACCCUCCUGUUUUCCUCAUUUACAGGCACCACAAAAUAUUGUUUCCUUGUCUGAAAAAAUAAAAAAAAUUCAGCAAAAAAAAAUCCCCAAAUUUCUGAAAAUUCGCAAAACCUUCAGGAAGUAAAUUCCAACAAUUCCUUAAAAGUUUCCCUUAAAAGUUUUAUUUAAAAAAAAAAAAAAAAAAAAGUCCCCAAAUUUGGCAAGAAAGUUCUUGUAAAUAUUUUUCAAAAAUGAGUAAAAUUCUUCCAAAAAAUCCUAAAAAUAUCUAAAGUGAUUCCAUAUAUAUCAGUAAUACUUCUAAUAUUUUCUUUAAGAACAUUCACAUAAAAAUCAACCAAAAUCCAGUGAAAUUCGCAAAAUUUUGUUUUUUUUUGUGAAUGUUGUUAAGAAACAUUUUUAACAUUCUUUACUUCCACCAAAAAAUGUUCAAAGAUUUCCCAAAAACGUUGAAAAUGUGGACAUGAGAAGUUUCACUGUGAAAUGUUUUCCACAUUUUCAAACUUUGACCCGCAGGACGAUACAAGGGUGAAGCAACCUGAUUGGCUGGUCCAAUUCUAGUGUGAGGUGUUCCCUUUUAACAUAGAAAAAACAUCCUUGUUUUUUUUUUUUUUUUUUUAAAUUCACACAAAUACCCCUGAACAGCAUCAGAAACAUGAGCUUCACCUUCAUGAUGUGAAUGCAGCAUCAGGCGGCUGCAGUUAGCUGAAUGCUAACAAAACCUGCUGCUCCAAUGAUCAGGGGUUUGGCUUUCACUGUCCAGAGCAGCUUUUUAAAAACACGUUUUAUUAGAAGUUGAACAUUCAUCAGUUAUUUGAUAAUCUAUUAAUUGGGUUGGUUAAGUAAUUUUUAAAAUGGCCAAUAUUCCCUCAUCGCAGCUUCUUCAAUAUGAAUAUUUUCUGGUUUCUCAUCUUCUCAGUGACAGAAAAGUGAAAAAUAUUUGGACAAAACAAGACAUUUCCCAACCAUUGUCAUGUUUCACCAUUUUGUAAACCAAACCACUAAUUAGUUAUUCAAGAAAAUAAUCAUUAGAUUAAUGGAAUUAAUUGCUAGCUGCAGUCCCUUAAUGCUGUCAAUAAAUAAUGAAAUAAUUAAAAUAAAGGUCUUUUCAAUCAGAUUAUUUGAAGCAAGCAAAGAACAGAUUUUUUUUUUUAAAAAGUCAAAGUCAAUUUUAUUGUCAUUUCUUCAAUAUGGACAUGACACACCAAGGGUGGAAAUGACCUUACUCUCUCUUCAUGCAACAAUAGACAUUAAAUAGACACUUAGAAGAUUCUGAGAUGAAAAAAUAUAACAUAAAUUUACAAAAAUAAAAAAUAGGAUUUAAAAAGGCCAAAAAUUAAGUAAAUGAAGAACUAGAAAGCAAAAAUCAGGUCAACUAAGAACAACGGAAGCAAAACUGGAACUAAGUAACAAAUACACAACUAUUGAAACGUUUGGGGUCACUUAAAAAUGUCCUUAUUUUUGAAAGAAAUGCAGUUUUUUUUCAAUGAAGAUAACAUUAAAUGAAUGAUAAAUCCAGUGUAGACAUUGUUAAUGUGGUAAAUGACUAUUCUAGCUGGAAACAGCUGAUUUUUAAUGGAAUAUCUCCAUAGGGUUAGAAAUGUAAACAUGGCCGUGAGAUAAAGUGGUAGAUAUGGGACAGAAUAUUAAAAACAGUGCAGAUGAGUGACAACAGUAGAGGAAAUAAGUAGAGUAAAUUUGUUUGACUGUUCACUCCAACGUAUCGGUAACUUCACUGCAAGUCUUAUAAAAUCACGACUUUAGUGUCUGUUUUAGGAUUUUAUUGAUAUUUAAGGCCGAUAGAACAAUUAAUUAGCUUUGAAAUUGCAUCUUGAAACAUUCUACCACAGUAAUGUCUUUGCACGGAGCACUGUGGGAUUUAAAACUGGAGAAUUGAUUGGUCAGGAGGAGGUGUUUUAAAGUGCAUUUAUCUGCUGUCGUGAAUAUAAACUGCUCAGUAAGAAGUGAAGCAGCUCGUAGUUACUUCAGAUCCAGCCUCGUCCUACAGAACUCUGCACACGCCUGACGCCGGGUUCCGUUUUUAAUUUGGUGUCUUCAGCGUGUGACGGCUGAACGUCAGAGCAAAAUGUUAAGUUCAGAAAUAAGCCUUUGCUCUUUGGUUGUGAUGAACCGACUCCAGCGGCUGACCUUUACAUUUGACGUUUUAGACUGUUGAUUUUCUGCCGUCUCACUCGGCUGCUGCUGCUCUAAAAGUACCUCAAAGCGGUGGAAAACUUAACGUUUAGCGACUCAAACGAAACAUGUGACUCCAACAGGAGACCAGAUGUGAGGAUUUGACUGUCAAACAACCACUUCCUGGGUCGUUUCAGAGCUGGAGGAUAUUUGGGCUUCAAAAUGUUUGAAAAAUAAACCUUCUCUUUUACAGUUUUCUGCUCCAUAUCGAUCAAUAAUAGGUAAUAAACUAUCAAAGGCUUGAUUGGCUCAGCUUCCACAUCAAUGGUAGCAUUUUUAUUCCAUGUUUUCUGUGUUGUUUGCUAACUCUAAUCACAGCAACAGGGUUGCUAACAGCAAUAACAAAAACAAGACAGAAAACAAAAACGAGACAGAAAACAACAAAAACAAGACAAAAACGUCAUUAACAGGUUGUGCUAACAUGUUGUGGGACACACGUUUCAUGUAUAAUUACUUAAAAUAUUACGUUGAUUAACAAAAAAUGUUCCCACAAUUACAGAGACAACAAUGAAAAAAAUAAUACCAAAAAGGACAUUUAAAUGUAAUUUUAAGUGUUUUAUUUGAGAUUCAGUUUGGUCAUCAGGGACGUGGGACAAGAGAAAAAUGGCAUUUUAAGGGGACUCCAGACUUAUUUGGUAUUUUAAAAAUAUUUUCAAACAUUCUUUUCUCCUAAUUUUGUUUUUUAGAUUUGGUCUCAGGACAAGAACAUUUACACAACAACUGCAUGUUUUAGUAUUUUGUACAUGGAUUAUUGGAAAUUUGAUGGUGGGACAUAAAAUGUCCCCUAAUUCUGGAAUGAUGCUCAUCAGCCGGUUUGCAGCCUGACAGGUGAUUUUCCACCCGCUGACAAAAUAACUCGAGUGCUUUGUUUCACUGAAAUGCAGGAAGUUUCUGUAUUCCACCUGAGCAGCCCCUCAGGGUGCUUUUUCCUUUAAAGGGUUACGGAGGAGGAUCCGGCCUCUCGCUCACUUCGGUUUUAAUUAUUUCUACUUUGUGUCACGAAGCGCGGGAGUGAAAAUCCAUCACAAUUAAGAGAAUGCGAACGCAUCUUUGUAAACCCAGAGAGGGCGAUGCACAGACUUCAGAGGUGUGAUCGGCAGCAGAAACGAUGAGCGAAGAGCAGAGUCACUCCCACACAUUGUUUUCUCUGACGUUCCCUCUGAAGUCGAACAUCUGGCUGCGAUUGCUUUGGGCCAUCCCUGGCAGCGCUGAUCCGUCUCAGCGACUAUAGAUUACUCUGGUUUCAGACCGCAAACAAACAGAAACAAAUAACUAUGUGCAUUAAAAUUCAAUUACAAGAAGCAUUUUUUUUGGCUUAUUGUGUUUUUUUGUGUGUGUGUGGGCGGAUCAGUGUUGUUAUUCUGAGUAAAAUCUUUAGGCUGUAAAAUCUAUCGAUCCUGGACACACACUGAUUAUUCUGCAGCCUCACCCACUCUGCCAUCUUCAUGGAAGUCAUCAGGAACAAACUGAUGCUUCCUCCGCAGGUGUUCUACGGUGUGUUGGACAUGUCACCAUGGUGACGCUGUGGUGGAACCAGUGGUGACACUAUAAAGCCAAUGGUGACACUAUAAAGCCAAUGGUGACACUGUGGAGCCAAUGGUGUGACUAUAAAGGCAAUGGUGACACUAUGGAGCCAAUGGUGACACUUUGGAGCCAAUGGUGACGCUCAGUAUACAGAAGUGAGUACACCCCUGUGCAGUAAACAUCUCAGUGAUGGCAGUACUUCUAAUCUGCUUGCUGUGAUGUAAAAUGAAAAACCAACAGCUUAGAUUUACUAUAUUUAAAACAACAGACCCUGCAGUAGGAGCUCAGUGCAACAGAAGUGAAUUCUGAGGUUCCACCUUUAUUCAUUGAGACAAUUAAUCUUGCUCAGCAUUGAGGAAACCAAAUUGCUGCUCAGAUGUCACGUCAUUCUAUUUUUUCAGCUUCUCUUUGCUGAAAGGGUUUUGUUGCUCGACCUUCCUCUUUAAAACACACCCAAAGAUGUUCCAUUAGGUUCAAGUCCAGACACAGAUUUUCCACGUCGUACUUUUCACUUCUUUAGACAUUCUUGCGUCAUGUAGUUCUUUGGAUGAUUCUCUGUAUUCUGGUUUAUCCUCAGACAUUCAUGACGCAUCCAGAAAUGUCAUCAACACCUUCCUCAUACAGCUCCAGAUCAUCAUACCACCACCUCCGUGCUUCACUCUCAGGACUAUACAUCCACUGUGGUGGUCCUGGUCAGGUUCACACCGAGCAUCUGGAUCCAUCUGAGUCCAACUCAUUUAUCUUCAUCUAACCAAAGAAUGUUCUUCAACAUCCAUCAGACUUCUUCUCAUGUUCUUCAGCAAACUUUCAUCUGGAAGUUUAGUUCUGAGCAGCAACGAGGUUUAGUUCUUGUCCCCCGUCCAUAGAGGUUGAUGUUCUGAAGGUUCCUUCAAACUGUCUGAGCUUCACACUAACUCUGGUUUCCAUGGAGAACACCUGAACCAAGUCUGAAGCAGCUGCUGUCUGUUUUUACAGCUGGAUGGAGAAAGUAGUUCACUGUCUGUGGAGUCAUUUUAGGAGCUCUGAUUAGUGGAACUAUGACUCCUUCUAGACCUCCUGAUUAGUGGUACUAUGACUCCUUCUAGACCUCCUGAUUAGUGGAACUAUGACUCCUUCUAGACCUUCUGAUUAGUGGAACUAUGACUCCUUCUAGACCUCCUGAUUAGUGGUACUAUGACUCCUUCUAGACCUCCUGAUUAGUGGUACUAUGACUCCUUCUAGACCUCUUGAUUAGUGGAACUAUGACUCCUUCCAGACCUCCUGAUUAGUGGAACUAUGACUCCUACAAGACCUCCUGAUUAGUGGUACUAUGACUCCUUCUAGACCUCCUGAUUAGUGGUACUAUGACUCCUUCUAGACCUCCUGAUUAGUGGAACUAUGACUCCUUCUAGACCUCCUGAUUAGUGGAACUAUGACUCCUUCUAGACCUCCUGAUUAGUGGUACUAUGACUCCUUCUAGACCUCCUGAUUAGUGGAACUAUGACUCCUACAAGACCUCCUGAUUAGUGGUACUAUGACUCCUUCUAGACCUCCUGAUUAGUGGUACUAUGACUCCUUCUAGACCUCCUGAUUAGUGGAACUAUGGCUCCUUCUAGACCUCCUGAUUAGUGGAACUAUGACUCCUUCUAGACCUCCCGAUUAGUGGUACUAUGACUCCUUCUAGACCUCCCAAUUAGUGGUACUAUGACUCCUUCUAGACCUCCCGAUUAGUGGUACUAUGACUCCUUCUAGACCUCCUGAUUAGUGGUACUGUGACUCCUUCUAGACCUCCUGAUUAGUGGUACUAUGAGUCCUUCUAGACCUCCUGAUUAGUGGUACUAUGACUUCUUCUAGACCUCCUGAUUACUACUGUUCACUGAUUUUUAGUUGCUCUCUGACCUUCCUGGAUCACCUUUUGCACUCUUGCAGCCUCAUAUCAUCAUACUUCCACCUCCGUGCUUCACUGUCAGGACUAUGCAUCCACUGUGGUAGUCCUGGUCAGUUUGGUUGGAUGUUUUUUUUGUUUGUUUGUUAGUUUUUUUAAUCUUUGUGGAGUCUGACACUCAGAUCUUUCACUUCCCGUCUUCAAUUAUUUUCCAUGCGGAGCCAUGAUGCAGACAUAGACACAGGCCAUAGGUCCAAAACUGGAUGUUCUGCUGUUCACAGCUCAUUUUAGAACCAUGUUCAUGCAGUUAGACUGACUGGAAAUCACAGCUGGACUCAGUUUUGACUCACUUUUUCACUUGAUUUACUUUUGUUGCUUUGAGUUUCUACUCUGUGGUCCAACGUUUCAAUAUAUUCCUUCUGAAGCGUCAGUUUUUGAUACUUGUUCAGAGGUAACACUCCACUGUUCAGCCUAAAAAUAUUGAAAUUAUUGUCAAUUUAUGCCAUUUUGAAUCAUGUGACACUGUAUAGGUGUUCUCACUUCUCUUGUACCUGCAGCUUGCUGUCACAAAAACCCACUUCUUCUUCUUCUUGCAGCUCUGAGCGUAAAACACCAGGGUUAUAUCUAGCUGGUGUGACGGCGCUCGUACAGCAAACGUGUUCUCUCCCUGUAGCCGUGCACCACCAGGGGUUACAAACCACAUGUUCUCCAUGGAUGUAGGUUUUAUUUAUUAAUGUGAUGAACUGAUUGCAUUAGAGGAGAAAAAAGCAGUUCUUAGAUGUAUUUUUGUAGAGAACCCCUCAGUUGAAUGAGGCACGGUUUUUGUAUCAUGUACUCUGAUGCUAUUUUAGCUGGUAAACAAACCCCACAGCCACUAAAUAUCCGUCUCCUUGUUAAUCUGUCGUACAUUUGUUCUGGUCAUCAAUCAGUGGGGCUUAAAAGGUCACAUUUGAGUUCCUUCAGAGAACAGUUUCACCCUGUUUUUGUCAGAGAAAUGUCUUGAGAUCCGAUAAACUAAUAUUUAGCUGACUUUUUUUGUGUAAUCUAAUUUCAGCCAAACUCAUAUCCACAGAUAUUAUCCCUGCUAAUAUGAUAGAUCUAGUAAAUCCAUUGAGAAAAAUAAAUUACUCUGAAAAUGGAAAUAAAUGGGUAGACUUGAUAUCAGA